AUGGCAGCCACCGUGGCCAAUGAAACCUGCGAUGCCUUUACCCCCCGAUCGAAGCCGUGCACGCUAGGUGCGAUGGUCUUGUAUGCUGUCAAUGCUAGCUCCCCAGACGACUUCAUUCAGACCAUUCGAUUUUCCCAGGAAAGAAACAUUCGUCUCGUCAUUCGCAACACAGGCCAUGAUUAUUUAGGGAAGUCGACUGGUGCAGGCGCACUAUCCAUCUGGACCCAUUAUCUCAAGGACAUUGAUUUCCUGAACUAUACCAACGCACACUAUACCGGGCCAGCGAUGCGGAUGGCUGCGGGCGUUCAAGGCACGGACAUCAACAAGGCUGCCUAUCUAAAAGGGCUGGUGAUAGUGGCCGGGGAAUGUUCCACUGUAGGCCCAGCCGGGGGGUUCACGCAAGGAGGGGGCCACUCGGCCCUGAGCUCUCAGUACGGUCUUAGUGCCGACCAAGUCUUGGAAUGGGAGGUUGUCGAUGGAAUGGGCCGAUUUCUGACCGCAUCGCCUACCCAGAACCCAGAUCUGUACUGGGCACUUAGCGGAGGUGGCGGAGGGACAUAUGGGGUCGUGUACUCCAUGACCGUCAAGGCGUUUCCCGACUUCCCCGUCACAGGCGUCGUUAUCCAAUUUGAGAACAAGAACCCCUCGUCGCACAGUUUCUUUGAAGCUGUAGGACACUACCAUCGCCACCUACCCACAUACACCGCAUCUGGUGGGAUGGCGAUUGCACAAAUCACACACUCAACGUUUCUGCUCACCCCGCUGACACUCCCUGUGUAUACCGCAGUAGAGGCCAAGAGACUGUUGGCGCCCUUUCUGCAAGAACUGCACAAACUGGACAUUUCCUAUACCAUGAACAUCACCGAGUCACCAUCGUAUUUCCAGCAUUAUACAAAACUGAUCGAGCCCGACCUGAUGCAACUAGUGCAAAACGCGCAAUAUGGCGGCCGUCUUCUUCCGCUCGACCUCAUUCAGCACAAUAACUCGCAACUCACGAAUGCCAUACAGAGAAUCACCGUGGAUGGUGUCACGUUCGUGGGUAUUGGUCUGAAUGUCUCGUCAUCUGUGACUGGCAAUGUCUGGAAUUCAGUUCUGCCUGCGUGGCGCACAGCAGCAAUUACCGUCAUCUUAUCUACAGACUGGCCCACCGGUGCGAAUCUCACCAAGAUGAAAACCCUGGCAGACCGGAUGACAACCAAAUGGGUGCCGAUCCUCACGGCCUUGAGUCCAGAUUCGGGAUGCUAUAUGAGCGAGGCGGAUCCCCAGCAGCCGGAUUGGAAGCAGACCUUUUACGGUCACAACUAUAAUUCGCUUGAGAACUGGCAAGUCGAGGCUGGUGGUCGUCUGUGCCAGGUCACCAGGCUAGAUUGA